AUUCAAUUAUGAAUUAGGAAGUGAGCAUUCCUUGUGGAAGAUAUGAAUUUAAUCCGGAAACUAAAAAGGUAGUAAUGCAAAAAGCCAAAGGUUUUUUAAACUUAACUUUGAAUGAGGAAAAUGAAUUAUGGCUCAAGUGGUAUAAUUUGGAUCAAAAUAGUAGAUUAGAAUUUGUAAAUAAAUAAACAAUACUUAGGAAAGAGCGAUUUUUAAAGGAACAACAAUUUUUGAGAAAGUUAAGGGAUAGCAUAGAGUUUAUUUACUGAAGAUCACAGAUGAAGAUUCAAAGUAUUUUUUUUGGAUGCAAGUAAUCUAAAAUAUCUUCUAAAAAGAAUGAUGAUGUUAGUGAGGAUGAAACGUUCAUACAUUAGUUCAAAAUGGUUCUUGAUUCAUAAAUCAUUGACGAUCUAAUAGAAUUAGAGGCACAUUCUCAAAUAAAUUAAUAGCGGCCAGAAUUUGUUGUUACAUAAAAUAAUUAUUUAGAACCCUAAUAACGAUUCCCUUUAAUUAAUAUUAAUUAAUAAUAGUUGUUUGAAUUAUUAUAGUAGCAAUUAUAUAGACAUACAAAUUAAGACCUCUAAUUAAGCGAUAUAUUGACUAGUGAAUUCCUGUUUACUGUGAUAUAAGACUAGGAUUAUUUUGAAGCUUUGAAAGAGUAUUAAAGAAUGUUAGCUUAGAUAUUUACCGGUUGAUCAACAAAACAUGCAAUACUUUAAAGAUAACCUCUUAAGUCCAUAAUUCAAAUAAGCUUUGGAUCAACUUUGCUUAGCCCUACAAGGAAGAGAAUAAAGCUCUGUCUUGUAAUAAUUAGAAUUGGAUAAUUCAAUUUUAGAGAAGGAAUUUGAUGGUGUUAUAGCUUUUUUAAAAGCUAUUAUUAAACUAGUAAAUCAUGAAAAUAAAAUUAUUUGA